GUCGAAGUGCGCAAGUGCUUGGGGCUGUAAAGCCUUAAAGCUGGCAAGUCCUGAAUGGUAAAAAACAGGCGUCCCGGACCGCUGACUCGAGGAUUUCCAUUGCAGCAAGCAAAGUUUUUACCGAGCCACUUGCCCUGGCUGUCUCCAUGCUGGCCGCGGGCCUGCAUUGUUUGGUUUUGUGAGGAAGGAAGAAGGAAGAGACGGUGGGGGGGGGGGGUGGUGUGAUUAUAUAUUUUAAUUUUCCCCCCUCCCUUUUUUCCUGAGGUAAAUUUUUUUUUACCUCAAUCUUUUUUUUUGGGGGGGGGAGGGGGGUGAGGAGAGGAAUAUGGAGGGCCCGCGGUGCAGCGGGCAGAAGCAGAGCAGGCGAUCGCGCUCUCACCGGGACCGGGCGAGGAGGAGGGAGGCUGCGAGUCGCAGCGCCCGGCCCCACAGCCCGUCGUCGGGCUCGGAGCGGGACGAGAAGCCGAGCCCCGGCCAGGCGCCAGCCAGCGCGGCCCCCUCCCGCUGCUGUCGGCCCCCCCGCCGCAAGAGGAGGGCAUCCAGCUCUCAGGAAGAGGACAUCAUCGACGGCUUUGCCAUCGCCAGCUUUGCCACCCUGGAGGCUUUGGAGGAAGAAAAGCAUGGUGAUCUCCCCAAUCACUUACAUCAUUUAGAUGUGUUUCAAUUUGCAAUCGAAACCAAGGAUCUUGCACUAAGACCACAAGAACGAAAUGAAAAAUGGGAAAAACAAGUAGGGAAGAAACCACGGCAGGUGGAGAAUGGCAUGUUGGCUGAGCCAAGUGAAAAUGGACAUGAUAAUGGAAAUGGUACCUUGGAGAGAGGACAAGAUCAGGGAAGGGAUCGAACAAAGAAAAAAGUUCUCUUGAAGAACUCUGCACAGAUGAAGGUCUCUUCCAACCAAAAUGGCAGGAACAGCGAGGAUGAGUGUGUCAGAGAAGCCAACAGUUCACAGAGGAGCAGUUCCAGAGACAAGCUUAGUGAUCGGGAAAACUACCGCAACCUUCAAGAGCAGUCAAUAUGCCGAAUUCACUACCGAAGUCCACAACAGAACAAGAAGUCAGCAAUUCUUUCAGCAUCAUCACACACUAAAGAGAUAUCUUGUACAAAAGAUGUACGAAUUUCGAAAGCUGAAAAGGCCUUCAGUACUCAAAGGGUUAAUCUUCCAACCAAACAAAGUUCUGCUCAUUCGUUUUCAGGACGAGGAUACUCUUGUGACAGUGAGAGUGACAUUGACGACAAGGCAUCAGAUGUAGGCUCAGAGAAACUCUUUUCACCUGCAGCAAGUAAAGGUCCAAGCUUCACUGGAAGCAGUCUGACAUCGAAUGAGAAACCUGAAACAAAAGGACCAGGGGUUUCCAAGAUAUCUGGACUAGAGCGUAGCCAGGAACAGAGCAAAGAGACACCCUUUGUGCCGUUGGCCCCAAGCCCACCAGCUGUUGUGGUACCACCACCACCUUCAGCGUGUGUUUCCAAUAGCACGGCAAGUCCUACAGUAAAGGAGGCCAUAUAUCCAUCACAGCCACAAUCAAGACAACCAACGCCACAGUUACAACCACAACUGCAGCAUUAUCCUUUGCCUCAGAUUCAUACACAGCCUCCUUCACAUCACCAGAUUCACCACCAGAUACCUUUCAGCAGUCUUAAUAGUAUCAGCAGCAGGAGUAGCAGUGCCAGCAGUGCUGCAAGCAUCAGUUUACCCAAACACCUGCCUUCAUCCCCCCAAAUUCACCCCCAUCAUUCAUCCACUCCAGUCCUGCCCCUAUCAAUUCCAAACCUUGCUACCUCACAUAAUUUCUCCCUGAGGCCUCAGACUCAUCCUCAUCACCACGCCAUGUUUGCAACACCAGCUACCUUACCACCACCACCUCCUUUAACGUCAAACAGCCUUGUUGUACCGGGUCACCCUGCAGGACCUGGCUAUUCAGAGCAUGAACUGCUGAGGCAGGAGCUGAACAACCGUUUUUUGGUUCAGAGUUCCGACAGGGCAGGGUCGCUGGCCCCGCCACCAAUCUUGAGGGCAGAGUUUCAUCAGCAUCAACACCAGCAUCAACACAUGCAUCAACACACACAUCAGCACACGUUUGCUCCUUUCCCUGCGAGUCUGCCACCGACUCCACUCAUGCCGCCCACUGCACCAUCUAUGGUGCAUACCCCAGGCAGAAAAUUUGAAAAGUAUACACCAAAAAUAGAAAAUCCAUUCUAUCGACAUUCUAGUUUCUUCCCACCAUAUGCUCCAACAAUGCCAGGAAUGCCAUCCAUGAUUCCCCAUUCAGGUCCCUUUGGGUCACUUCAGGGAGCAUUUCAACCUAAGACUUCCAAUCCAAUUGAUGUAGCAAGCAGACAAGGAGCAGUUCCUCAUACUCUACUUCAAAAGGACCCCAGGCAAUUAUCAGACCCCUACAGACAGUCAAUAAGACUCCCACUCAAAAGGGUAAAUCUACCUCAAAAACAACUGGGCAAGCCUGGGAAAUGGUGUGCUGUUCAUGUGCAAAUUGCCUGGCAAAUCUAUCAUCACCAGCAAAAAUUAAAGCAACAAAUGUCGAUGGACCAUCACAAACUUGAAAUAGGGGGUAAACUGGACCUGUUUAGUCGGCCACCUGCACCUGGAAUGUUUCCGGGUUUCUCGUAUCCACAUGACCUUGCCAGGCCCCUCUUCUCAAGCACAGGUAAUGCACACCCAGCUGCAACCACCUUUGGCCCACCACCUCAUCAUCACAGCAGCUAUUUACCCACUGGUCACCUGGCAGAUCCAUUCAAUAGAUCAAACACCUAUGGUGGCCUUGGAAACCUCAGCACCAGUGCCUUUGGAGGAUUAGGCAAUCCAGCACUUGCUUCCAACAGCAUGUUUGGUCACAAAGAAGGUCCAGGUAUACAAAGCCUCAACAAUGCUCAUGAGCCUUGGAAUCGCCUCCAUCGAACGCCACCUUCAUUUCCAACACCACCUCAAUGGCCAAAGCCAGGGGAUUCAGAACGAAGUUCCUCAGUAACUAAUCAUGACAGAGAUCGAGAUUUGGAAAAAAGAGAAUCGUCACUUAAAAAUGACAGAGAGAAAGAAAGAGAUGGAGUGGAGAAAAAUAGGCACUCCAACAGAUCAUCACCAGCAGCUGCCCCCGUCAACCACCAAAUCAACAACCUCAUCCACAGCAAUAGCCGAAGCUUGAAUGAUCCAACUAGGCAUCAUAGCACCACUGAGCGAGAUAGAUCAAAGGAGUUAGAGAGAGAGCACUCAGACUCGCUGAGAGAGUUACCCGGCACCGAGCAUAAAAUCAAGGAGAAUCGGUCACCAAUAAAGGAAGGUCAGGGCCACGAGAGGAGACUACCAGAAGACAAUGCAAAGCCAGUUGUGAGACCUAGUUCUCCAUACAACAGAACUGUGCUGACUGAAAGCAUGAAACUCAGCAAUUCAGUGAGCAAAGAUAGUGAAAGGAAAGCAGAAUCCUCUUGUGACCAUCAGAAAAUAAAGAAUGAUGUAAAGAUAAAAGAAGAACGAAAGGAGGAUAAUGAGGUGAUGGUGAUAAGCUCGGACUCUUCACAGCAUCCCAGGAGCAGUGAGCCACCUCACCAUACAUCCCUACAUGGACUUCCACUUGGCCAUUCUAUGGGCCCCAUGCCCAUUACAAUGGGUAGCAUCCAUCAGAUGAACAACAUGAAUGUGCUUGACCGUGCUCGGAUGGUGACACCCUUCAUUGGUAUGAACCCGCUGGCGGGAAGAGAACGGCUGCCCCACCCUGGAUUCUCUUGGGAUCCUGUCCGAGAUCCUUUACGAGAUGCAUACCGGAGCUUUGACUUGCACCGCAGGAUGGAGUUCCCACUACGCACAGAUCCCAUGCACAGGUUCCCGACAGCAGCUGGUUUCUACGAACACGAUCGGUCGUACAGAGACAGGGAGCCUCACGAUUACAACCAUGAGCAUGUUCUGGAAGUCAGGCGUGAGCAGGAGCGCAUACGACAUGCAGAUGAAAGAGAACGCUUGCAUCUACGGGAAGAGUUUGACCGUGCCAGGUUGCAUGCCUUGCAUACAUCAGCCAUGGACAGUCACUUGGCACAUGUGCCAUCCUUUAUGCCUCAUUUAAGCGGAAUGCACUACCCGAGGCUAAGUCCAUCCACUGCCAAUCACAAUGGGAUUUUGAACAGGACCCCACCAACUGCAGCAUUGAGUGCUCCACCUCCUCUCGUACCAGCAGGCAGUGCGCGGUCUGUAUCUCCCCGAAGGACUACCCCACUCACUAACUCAGAGUCUCGGGACUACUCCCCUUCUCGUAAUCCCAAAGAAGUUGAGGCGCGGUAGUUCUUAAAUGUGGGGGGAACUGUCCUGUGUAUGAGAUCCUUUGAUUCAAAUAAUGCACUGCAAGAAGAAGAGAUAGCUGUAAAUUUAUAGAAUUGAAGCACAGUUGGGAGAGUUAAAAAGUCUGAACUUUGAUACCAGAAGAUUGCUUAUAAUUGGAAUUAAUAUAUUAUCAAUUAUAGAUCUCUAGAUUUCUUUGUGCAGAGAAGAAUUCUGAAAUCAUGUUUGUACAUUUUUCCAAUAUUUGAAAUCUAAUUUGUAUGGAUUUGUAAUUUUAUUGUUUCAUUUUUAUUUGUUUGCUUUAAGUUUUGUGUUCAGUUUCCAGCCGUUAAGGCCUCAAACUAUUUUAAUAAUACCCAGGGUUGCUAUGGUAUAAUUUGUCAAAAUACCAAUUUACAAUGAAUCCACUGUGAGGUUCCAUACUGAGGCCAAAAAAUGACUUUCCUUUCUUUGGUUCCCAGAAAUGUCUGUGUACUCUGAGAAAUGUACAAAUCUGAAUUUGUUUUGCCUUAUUAACGAUUACAAGAUAUGCAGAAGAGGUCCAUGUGGUUCCUGUACAAAUGUAAAUACUCUGUUGAUACUCAGAACAUGCUAAUUAAAUUCUUUACUUAGGUAGCCUUUAUAAAGGGUUUCUGAAACCAGAGAAGCUCACUGGAUAUUUAUAACACAAAAUUAUUCCUAUAGUGUCACGUGGAAGUGUGCUUGAUGCUCAGUUUCAGAGAAGCAUAUUCAAUUCAACUAUGCAAGAACCGCAGGCAGGUCUUUCACAAAGGCUGCACAUCCAAACUAAUGCCAACACACAGUGGGGGAACACUACCACCUGCAGUGGUUGGGAGCAGGGGAGGGGCAAAAUACAAAUCCAUUAAGAGUUUCAAAACAAAUUGCAUUUGCAAAAGAUGAGGGUGGGGGUGGGGAGGCAGAGAGGAAAUUUAUUGGACCAAUAAGGCACCCAGUUCAGAGAGACUUUAUUUCUCAAUCCACAGCACAGACAAUAAUGACAAACAUUGUAUUGGGCAGAAAUUCUUAGUGACAGGCAAGGACAUUCAGUGUGGACCUUGUGUAAUUGUGCAGUGUUUUUAUGGAAUCUGUAUACAAGACAAAGUAGUAUUUUAGGAAUCAAAAAUCUCACAGUAACAUUUCUGAUAAAAUACUGUUAGCAAAUGAAGUCCUUAAACAGAUGUUUCUUGCAGUGUGGUUCUGGCUGAACUAUUCUGCGUGACUCUUUAUUUCUUGGUCAUAUGUAAAUUUUGCCAUGUUUUACUUGCUGGACAAAAAAAGCAGCAUCUGUGUUUAUAUAUCUGGGCUUUUACUCUGUAGUUCAUACAUCAGCUGCCGUUUCCUCCUUUCUGCUCUGUACUUUGGUUUCUGUAUUUUAAACAGACUUGAUUCCUGUAGAUCAAUGAGACAAAUACAGCAUUGAUU